CGGGGCUUCCGACGGAGCGCCCCUGAGGCUCAGGGCUGACGUUGGCUCCCCGUGCCUGAGGCGGCUCUUUGCCGGAUUUCACAAUUCUGGUAUGAACCUGACCAUUGAGGCCUUCACUAGAGAUCCGUUCUGGGUUCUUACUCCUGACACAGGAGGUUUGACAGAUGACAAAGAAGAAUAGCAGCUUCUCUGCAGGAGACACUCUAUUGUAGGAAGGUGUGCUUACCACCCACCUUUCAAUAUUAGUUUCAGAUGGCAAAAUAAUGACUGUGCAGCCUUGAAUCUCCUUCUGAAAGCAAGGCAACACUCCUUCCAGGAAAGCAGUUCAUGCUGCCAGGCGGACGGGAGUUGUGCUGAACAGUGUGUCCAGCCAUGUUCCUUGAGUUAAUAAUUCUCCAGAAGGUGGCCGUGAGCAGAGUGGAGAGCAGGAAAGAUCUCCAGCGAAGUCCCAGCUCAGCAGAAACCCUGGCAAGCAACUGCUGCCCAAGCACUCAGACAGCAGCUGCUACAACCCUGUUCCCAGUACAUCGGUGCGACUCCUCACGCUUAGGAGCAAAGUUGCUGCUCCUGUGAACAGGACUCAUAAGGCACGAGGGGCCACCCACCUGCCACAGACCCCUCAUCUUGCUCUGUGGAGAGACACUGCCCUAGAAGAACAAUGGCAGGAAAGGGCUACAGCUAUUAUCGGUUGGUGAUAUUCAUGGCCAUGUAUGUUGGAUAUACCCUAUACUAUUUCAACAGAAAAACAUUUUCAUUUGUGAUGCCUUCAGUCAUGGAAGAGAUCGAUCUGGAUAAAGACGACUUGGGUCUUAUCACCAGCAGCCAAUCUGCCGCCUACGCUAUUAGCAAGUUCAUUAGUGGGGUCCUUUCAGACCAGAUGAGUGCCCGCUGGCUUUUCUCCUCCGGCCUCCUAUUGGUGGGCUUAGUCAACGUGGUCUUCUCGUGGAGCUCUACCGUUACCCUCUUUGCAGGGCUGUGGUUCCUCAAUGGGCUGGCCCAGGGUCUGGGAUGGCCUCCGUGUGGGAAGGUGCUACGCAAGUGGUUCGAACCUUCCCAGUUUGGGACCUGGUGGGCAGUCCUCUCCACCAGCAUGAACCUGGCAGGAGGGUUGGGCCCCCUUGUGGCAGCCCUGAUGGCACUGAGCUAUGACUGGCGCACAACCCUGGCCCUCUCUGGCUCUCUGUGUGUGGUGGCCUCCUUUGUGUGCCUGCUGCUGAUUAAGAACGAGCCCUCGGACGUGGGACUGCCCAACAUUGAGCCUGGGCCCAAGAAAGGGAAGAAGGGCUCCGCGAAAGAGGACAGCACACUGGCUGAGCUGCUGCUUUCCCCAUACCUCUGGGUCCUGUCUACUGGCUAUCUUGUGGUCUUUGGUGUGAAGACAUGCUGCACAGACUGGGGGCAGCUAUUCCUCAUCCAGGAGAGAGGACAGUCUGCUCUUGUGGGAAGUUCCUACAUGAGUGCCUUGGAAGUCGGGGGGCUGAUUGGGAGCAUCGCAGCAGGCUACCUUUCAGACCGAGCAGUGGCACGGGUUGGUCUGUCAAUCUAUGGGAACCCCCGACAUACUUUACUCCUCAUCAUGAUGGCUGGCAUGUCUGCUUCCAUGUACCUUUUCCGGGUUACGGUCACAGCCAGCUCUCCCAAGGAAAGCAACUCUUGGAUUCUCCUCCUCCACCCUCUUGCUAACCUUGUGGGCUUAACAGAACAUGAGAUCUGGAUUCUGCUGUUAGGUGCGGUCUUUGGAUUUUGCUCUUAUGGACCCAUUGCCUUGUUUGGAGUCAUUGCGAAUGAAAGCGCGCCCUCUAACCUGUGUGGAACUUCUCAUGCCAUUGUGGCACUGAUGGCAAAUGUUGGAGGGUUUCUUGCUGGACUGCCUUUCAGCACUAUUGCCAAGUACUACAGCUGGGGCACAGCUUUUUGGGUAGCAGAAGUGACCUGCACCGCCAGCACUCUGGCCUUUUUCUUCCUGAGGAACAUCCGUACCAAGAUGGGACGUGUACCAAAGAAAGUAGACUAAAGUUCCAGUGACUUGGCUGAGGAGGAACAUUUAAAAGCCCAACAGGUAUGAGGCAGAACUGAGCUCUAACCAGGCACCGUCGGUCCUCUGCCACAUCCUGGAAGAAGAAGAAAAACUGGCAAAGUUUCACCUCUGCUGCUACCACUUUGGUUCCUGAAGCACCACAAGAAAUGCUCACAAUGGUUUGGCCCUCAUGGUCACUCCCUGCCCAAGCCAAGGUUGGGCACUUACCCCUUUAAUCAUGCACCAACCUCCUGCUGAGUCUUACUGGUAGACUCAUGAGAGCAGCUGUGGAGGUGUGUAAGAGACCUUCUGCACCUGAGGAGAGAGAAGUGCCUUUGCCCCAUUUACCAGUGAAGAUGACCCAGCCUGCACCCCAGGCCCCCUCCUCUCCCUUGAAUUCCAGAUAGGCUGCAAGUUCCACUGGAGGCCCUCACAGAAGGAGGCAGGCAGGGCUCUUUAAUAAUCCCUGCCUUGCUGAUCAGAACUAGAUGGGUAGGAAGAUGUUAGUGGCACCUAGUAAGGCUUAUCAGCCAACUAGGGAGAAUGUGGGUCUCUGUUUAAGCAGAGAACAAAGGCCAUAAACACAAAUACAGCUGUGAGUACUGCUGUCUCUCUUCCUCCCUAUAUUAUUAAUAGUCAGGAAGUGGAGCCAUGGAGAGUUCUUAAACAAUUCUGAAGCCAUAGUUACCCCCAACUGCAACCUGUGGUCUGUAUUAGGAGCAGGACUGGAGGGGCAACUGACCAUUCUGCUGGAGAAACAGCUGCCACACACACACAAAAACAAAAACAAACAAGAACUGCCAUUAGGAGCCUCUCUUGCAGCAAGACUGGAACUAAGUCAUUACAGUGGAUUCUAAAUCAUGGUAACGGAGCACUCAGUGACAGAAAGAAAAGACAAUAUAGUGGAAGCCUUUGAGUCUACACAGAGACCUCUCUUCCCUGAACUGCCAGCACAGUAGAGUGAGGAUAGUGUUAGACCGGAACUCAAAAGUUCUGGGUUCUAAUCCACAUUUGUCCAGGAAGCUGGCUGGGGUGACCUUGAGCCAAUCACAUACCCUCAGCCUCACCGACCUCACACAGGAUAUGUGAGGAUAACCGGGAGGAGCAGAGCAAUGAACGCCGCCCUGAGCUCAUUGGAGGAAUGGUAGGAUGUAAAUACAACAAAAUAAUAAACCAGUACAUGUUCACUUCA